GUCGUGUUUGCGGCUGCCUUGGUUUUUUUCAUGCAAGCCGGCUUUGCCAUGCUGUGCGCUGGAGCCGUUAGGGCCAAGAAUGUUCAAAACACCAUGCUCAAGAAUCUUUUGGAUGCUUGUGGUGCCGCCAUUGCGUUCUUUACUGUAGGCUACGCCUUUGCCUUUGGCGGUACGGACUUUCCCACCGACACCGACACCGACACCGGCAACAACCAAACAACAUUCAUUGGCACAUCGAACUUUUUCUUGGUGAAUGUGGACGAUUAUUCCUUUUGGCUGUUUCAAUACGCAUUUUCCGCCGCGUCCGCAACCAUUGUUGCUGGAACACUGGCUGAACGGUGUCAAAUGGCCGCCUACCUGGGAUAUUCCGCUUUGUUAACGGGAUGGGUGUACCCCAUUGUCGCUCACGCUGUAUGGAACGUCCACGGCUUCCUAUCGGCUCAUGCGGUAGAACCUUUGUGGGGGGUUGGAAUGGUAGAUUUUGCCGGUUCUGGGGUCGUUCACGUUACGGGAGGUGUGACAGCGCUCUUCGCGACAAUAAUUCUGGGUCCCCGCCGUGGACGCUUUCACGACCAAGAUGGCCAAAGAUUGAUAAGGCCGCGAAUAUUUCCUGGACACUCCUUUGCUCUGCAAAUGCUUGGAACCCUUAUCUUAUGGUUUGGCUGGUACGGAUUCAAUAUUGGCGCUGCUCUGCUGCUGGACGUGCCUAGUUCAGACAAUAUUGCAGCUCUGGCUGCGGUGAAUACGACCUUGUCGGGCGGGACGGCUGGCAUCGUUGCUCUCUUUUUCAAUUUGUGGUAUCUGGACAAAAGAACUGGCGAAGCCUAUUUUGACUUGAAAUUUGCCAUGAAUGGGUGCCUCUGCGGUCUCGUGGCCAUCACUGGAGGCUGUGGUGUGGUCGAACCCUGGGCUGCCGUUGUGAUUGGCUUUGUCGCCGGUUUGUUGUACAACAUCGGAAGUCGCGGACUUAUAUAUUUGCGUUUGGAUGAUGCCGUGGAUGCCAUUCCGGUACAUUUGUGCAACGGCUCGUGGGGUCUCGUAGCAGUAGGGCUGUUUGCCUCCCCCUCCCGGCUACUAGUUAUUUACGGACAUAGCGAUCAUCCAGGAUGGUUUUACUCAUUACGAGAUGGCGAAUCCGAUUUCCGGUUACUGGCUUCCCAGUUGGUGGGCCUUAUUUUCAUUGUCUUCUGGGUCAUGUUCAACAUGCUGCCUUUUUUCGUUUGGUUAAACUACCGUGGCUGGUUUCGGUCCGAUCCGUUGGAAGAGUUGGUGGGUCUCGACCUGAGCUAUCACGGCGGUUUA